AUGAAAUAUCACAAAGUUAAAUGGGACUAAGUACCAAUCGUUGAUGAAGCUAGCCAAAAUUAUAUAGUUCAAUUGAAUAAUCGAAAUCAUUUUCACAACUUUCCUACCAACCAAUGGUUUAAGAGAAGAUCUGAUUAAGUAAAACCUCAAUAUCUCUAUUAUCCUGAAGAAAGAAAACUAUAGAUGGAACUAAAAUAGAUUUUCAGGACUUUAGAUUGCAACAAUGAAGGAGUUCUUACUUUGGCUCAUUUGUUUAUGCUAUUCAAACACUACGGAUAUGGAGUAACAGUGAAUGAUUUAUCAACCAUAUACCAAUUUAUCGAUUAUAACAAGGACAAGGCCUUAUCAUUGGAUGAAUUUAAAGCUCUGACACAUAAUCAAGAAGCCUUGUCAGCAUUCAGAAUUAUGAUGCUGAAGAUUCUGAAAACUUUGGAAUACGAUGAAAAGUAUGUUCCAUUAUCAGUCGGAGCAAUGCUAAGCCAUCUGAGUUUCUUGGUUCAAAGAGAAUAGUAACUAAAAAUGAUUCUCAGUGAAUAAAGCAUUUCAAACAAAUUUUAAGCCUUUCGCUAGUUAAUUUAAGAAACUGAAAAAAAAACUAUCGCCGACGAAGCUUAUUCAUUAUUCCUCAAAGCACAAGCAGAAUUCUAUAGGAAACUUAAAAGAUAGAAUUCAGUAGAUUUAACAAUCAAACUCAGAAAAUCCUUCUCGACUGUUAAUGGCUUAUAACCAUUACUGUUCAAAAACAUGCUAAUGAAAGAUGCUAGCGAACUUCAAGAUCUGGCCAAAAUGGUUAAAAUGCAAAGCAAAGUCAAUUACGAGACCUUUCAAACUGUGACUGAAUCAUUAGAAGAAAACUCAUUAUCCAACAUUGAAUCAAGUGAUCUGUAACUAGUAGUCAAGUAAGCGUAGAAAAUUGGAAAACUAUAGGCUCAUCAAGAAAUUAGAGAAUUAUUAACUUAAAGAGAACUACCUAAGGUAGUUUCAUAUCAUAAAAAAUAACUCAGUGUUGUUACUGAAGAUUUACCUCCAGUCUAAUUCAAUUUCAAGAAAUGUCAUUCUACAAAAAAUAAAAGUCUUCUAGAACGUCAACUGAAAUUACAAAAAAUAAUUCCUCUUGAAGAGUUGUCUCAAUUCAAUUUUCUUUCUUCUUCCAGAUCAAAUAAAAAUUAUAGUUCAACUCAAGACCACUCCUAAGGAGGAUGGUCAAAUAGUAUUUUGUCACAAAAAUUGCCUAAUUUAUAAUGA